CUGGCCACAGCAGAGUCAACAUGCUAAAACAUCGCCCAGGGCGCUGUGCAUGGGCGGAUUGCUUGACUCUCUCAGCAGAGUCUUGGCUUGCUCGCCCACCAGCACUUGCUGUGAAUGGCGUUGCCAGCUGCGAGGCGGAUCGGUGCUCAAGCAGCUCUUAAGGCCAACAAUGUGUUCCGCACACUGCAAAAGGUCAAUACUCCAGCUGGAGAAGGUGUGGAGAUGACCACUCUGGUGGAGGCCUUGCCAUACUUCGGGCUCAACCAGCUGGUGGACUGUGCCAGCCAUUUUGGUCAGCGUGGACGGGUGAUUGGCCCGGUUGCUGCAGAAAUUGCGGCAGAGAUUGGCAGACGGUUGCGACGGUCCGUAGAUGCAGGAGUUUCGAUGAGCCAGAACCUGAACGCAAAGGAGGUGACGACAGCCUUCUAUGCAUUCUCCAAGCUGUCGCCACAGAUGCCAGAGUACCGGGUUUUCUACGAUGCAGUUGCCGACGGGUUGAUUGAACGCCGCUGGCAAUUGGAAGGUAUGAAAGCUGCCCUGGUUGGCACUGCACUGGCAGACACGGAGACGCGGCUGUCAGAUGCGCUUCCUGCCGUGUUGCAACCAGUGCUUCAAAACCUGAGCGAGUCGGAGAAGGCACGUGAGGAGAUCUCGGUGGAUGAGCUGCGAUUUCUCGUCCACGCAGCUGUCCGACUGCCAACCUUACUUUCAGAGAAAGAGAUAGAGGCUUUGGCAGAGUGCACGGAACGGCUGGUUGCAUCCAGUGCUUUCUCGGUGCAAGCACACCUCGCUGUUUCAUGGCUGAGGUUGACACCUCCACCAAAUGCAAAAGGGGUACAUUUGAAUGCCUUGGAGCUGUGUUGUAAAAUGCUCGCGAGCCAUUCCAAGUCGCAUUAUCCAGCACAUCCGCUACCACCCCAAGGCUUGUCUCCAGCAGUUGAAGCACUACUGGCCCGGGAGGCGGAGCAAAAUGCUCCACCUCUCACUCCACCAGUGUUGCAGAACAUCACAAAGGGCUUGGUCCAAAUUAGUUGGGGCCUGCAGCGCUAUCAAUGGAAUCACGACCCGUCUCGAAGGAGCCUUGGCAUCGAUGAUUGGACGGAGAUCAUUGAGACCUUGAUGGCCUUUUGCGAAGCUCACGUGGCUAGCAAGGAUUCUGGAUCUACUAGAGUGCCUCUAUGGGCUAGAGAAGCCUUGUAUCAUGUGCUUUGGCGAGCUCAGCAUCGAAGAAGAGCCAAGUCCUACGAUGAGAACCUGGCAGAUAUGGCACGGUUGAAGUCGAUUCGAAGUUUGUUGAGCCUUUUGAAGCGUUACAAGCCCUCCCCUCCGGCAGAUCCUCAAUUCUUCCAAUGGGCAGAACGCGUAGUCCGAGCUCACCAAAAAGCUGGCGAUGCCGUUGAGUUGGUGACAGUGAUCAGUGAGUUGGUACCAUUUCUUCCAGACCACCAGAGGAGUACCUUGGCACGGCUGGUCAUGACCGAGCCGAAAGCAGACACAUCUGCAACAUGGAGUUCAGCGACUUCCUCAAGUUCAGAAUCUGCACGUGCUGCAAGCUCAGCAACUGCGAGAUCGGAAUCGUCAGAGUCUGCUCGCAGGAUGUUUUUGGAUGGCGCGUCAUCAUUGAAAGCUCCGGUGGUGUUGUCAUCGCGGCCUGAAAUGAUGCAGACUGGCUCGGCUCAACGAAGUCAUGGCCGUUUGUGGGGAAUGCUUGCCUCGCCAGAAGCUGCUCCGUCAGAAUCCCUAAGAGUCAAAGAGCCAGCCUCGCAGAUUCCUGUUGAGUCAUCACUCAAAGCGGAAGCUGAGGAGAGACAGCGCAUCCAAGCCACCGCAGAAUUCAGGGAGGAAACUGUGGAGGAGCGCUCCUCCACGCCCCACGCUGCAGUGGAGGAGCUACAGGAGAUGCUACGAAGCGCCCUACAGCGCGUGGAGGCUCUGGAAUCCCGGAUUCAAGAUCAAGAACGGCAAGCUGCCAACAAGCAGAACGAGCCGUUCGAUGAUGCCUGCAACAAAAGCCUCGGAGCAGAAAGCGGAAAUUGGCUGACCAACAUCCUCACAGCUCCCGCGGAGCAAAUCCAAUCGUCUGCAGCCACGCUCCAUUUGCGACGGAGCUUUAUCUUUGAAGAGUUUCGGAAAGCCCAAUCUGCAAGGCUCCAGUCUGAACGGCUCCGAGUAGCUGUACCUCCGGACCACUUCCCCUUGUGGCCAAUCACAAUGAAGAAAUGAGACCACAAUGAGACCACCGUGAGACGCCAAUCACCAGCAUCCUCUCUGUGCAGUUGAAGACUCUCAGAGUGAGGUCAAGUCGUAGCCCGCCCAAGGCUUUUGCUAAGUGUUUUUGUUUCAGGUAGACUAGCAAUCAGUUUCAUGCAUUAAGCAAGC